UGCAGAUGACAAAUAGUGUGUGAGCAAGUGGGGAAACCGCGUUAAAUAGCAGUUUAUUAGACAGCGCUAAUGCAUGUGGUUUGAUGCUCGUCCGCUGUGAAUAAUAAUAAAAAAAAGCGUAUGUGAAGUCAAAACCCAGCAACAAGCUCCAUGCGUUUUUAAAUUGCAUUGUAAUUAGGCGAUUCGUGAUUUAAACAAGCUGUCGGAAUGAAUCCGUUAUUAUAUUUGGGAGGGUUAGUUGUCUUGUUUUUGGUGUGGAUUAAGGUGAAGGGCUUGGAGUACGUGAUAGUACACCAGAGAUGGAUCUUCGUUUGCCUCUUUCUGCUCCCCUUGUCAGUCAUCUUUGAUGUGUACUAUUACCUGCGCGCGUGGAUCAUCUUCAAGAUGUGCUCAGCACCCAAGCAGCACGACCAGAGAGUCAGAGAUAUCCAGAGACAGGUGCGAGAAUGGAAAAAAGAGGGAGGGAAGAAACAUAUGUGCACAGGUCGUCCAGGAUGGCUGACUGUAUCUCUCAGGGUGGGAAAGUACAAGAAGACGCACAAGAACAUCAUGAUUAACAUGAUGGACAUUCUGGAGGUGGACACAAAACGGCAGGUGGUGCGUGUGGAACCCCUAGCCAACAUGGGUCAGGUGACUGCUCUGCUCAACUCUAUUGGCUGGACCCUGCCAGUGUUGCCUGAACUCGAUGACCUCACAGUUGGUGGGCUGGUGAUGGGAACAGGCAUCGAGUCUUCAUCUCACAUCUAUGGCCUGUUCCAGCACAUUUGUGUGGCUUUUGAGCUGGUGUUGGCUGAUGGUAGUCUGGUCCGCUGCACUGAGAAAGAAAACUCGGACCUCUUCUAUGCCGUUCCCUGGUCCUGCGGUACUUUGGGGUUCCUGGUUGCAGCAGAGAUCCGGAUAAUCCCAGCUCGCAAAUGGGUGAAGCUUUGCUACGAACCUGUACGAGGCCUGGAUGCUAUCUGCAAGAAGUUUGCAGAGGAAUCAGCCAACAGGGAGAACCAGUUUGUGGAGGGACUGCAGUACUCUCGGGACGAGGCUGUGAUUAUGACGGGCACCAUGACCGAUCACGCAGAGCCUGACAAGACUAACUGUAUAGGCCACUAUUACAAGCCGUGGUUCUUUCGGCAUGUGGAGGGUUUCCUGAAACAGAACCGUGUUGCAGUGGAGUACAUUCCUCUCCGGCACUAUUACCACAGACACACCCGCAGCAUCUUCUGGGAAUUACAAGACAUCAUUCCGUUUGGGAAUAACCCAUUGUUCAGGUAUGUGUUCGGCUGGAUGGUUCCUCCGAAGAUCUCUCUACUGAAGCUCACUCAGGGAGAGACCAUCCGCAAGCUAUACGAGCAGCACCACGUGGUGCAGGACAUGCUGGUCCCUAUGAAGCACAUCAAGAGUGCCAUCCUACGCUUCCACGAGGACAUACAGGUGUAUCCUCUGUGGCUUUGUCCCUUCAUGCUGCCCAACCAGCCAGGAAUGGUGCAUCCUAAAGGAGAUGAAGAUGAACUGUAUGUUGAUAUCGGAGCGUACGGGGAGCCCCAAGUCAAACACUUUGAGGCCAGAUCCUCCACACGGCAGCUGGAGAAGUUUGUCAGAGACGUUCAUGGAUUCCAGAUGCUGUAUGCUGAUGUAUAUAUGGAGCGUCAGGAAUUCUGGGAAAUGUUCGAUGGCACAUUGUAUCAUAAACUCAGAAAGCAGCUCACCUGUGAAGAUGCGUUUCCUGAAGUCUAUGACAAAAUCUGCAAGACCGCAAGACACUGAAUAAAAAAAAAACACGAAAGGUGUGACCAGCAGAACAGCUGAAAAAAACUGUACUUUUGUUGAAGUAAAUGAACACAUUGGGCAAAAACUCUUAUUUCUUGAAGGAGCACCAGCUAAAUUUUUAACCGCCUUGUUGUAUAUCUAUGUUUAAGACAAAAAAGUAAAGGCCCUUAUUAUUCCUAAGGUUUAAUACAUGCUUAGAUUUAUUAAAACAAUAUAUAAUACUUAAGAGACAGUUUUUCUAGUGCAUUCAAAUGUGAAUAAACUAUAAAUGAAACUA